AUGGUCCAAUUCCGCAGCACAGUGACCCUCGUCGCGGCCUUUCUGGCGGCACAGCCAGUGGCAGCACACGCAGGGCACAGCCUUGAGCAUGAGAUUGCUGCGCGAGCUGCCUAUCUCAAGCAUGCUCCGCGCGAUCUGUCUCACUGCGCCGAGAAGCUCAAGGCUCGUGGAGUCGAGCAGCGUGCCAUUGAGCGCCGCAGCACGAAGGUGCAGGCGCUGAAGGCCGAGGUUGCGGCCAAGAAGAAGGCCAAGCGUGCCAUCGCGGCUUCCACUCCCUCUAGCGGUGCCGCGGCCACUCCGAGCGGCGCUCCCGGCGACGAUGCUACCCUCACCGACUGGGGCGCGCAGGUCGCUAACUCCAGCCACCUGUCCAACCUGACGGCUUCCCCUGAUAUGCCUGGGUUUGAGGACUUGAUCUUCCAAAACACUUCCUGUGUCCUGAGCCCCGAGGGCGAGAUUGGGCCGUACUACGUUCUCGGCGAGCUGAUCCGGGAGGACAUUACUGAGGAUGAGCCUGGGGUUCCCGUCUCCAUUGAUGGCCAGUUCAUCGACAUCAACACCUGCGAGCCGAUCACGGACCUGUACUGGGACCUGUGGCACUGCAACGCCACGGGCGUGUACGCGGGCGUUGUCGGAUCGGGCAACGGAAACGAGGAAGACCUGACCAACAUAAACAAGACCUUCCUCCGCGGCAUCGCGAAGACGGACGAGGAUGGCGUGGCCAGCUUCAAGACCGUCUUCCCGGGCCACUACUCGGGGCGCGCAACGCACAUCCACGUGGUGACGCACAGCGGGGCGUCGGAGCUGGGCAACGGCACGCUCACGGGCGGCAACGUCACGCACAUCGGACAGCUGUUCUUCGACCAAGACCUCAUCUCGGAGAUCAACACGAACGUCUCGCCCUACACGGAGAACACGAUUGAUAUUGUCGAGAACGCGGACGACAGGGUGUUUGCGAUUGAGACGCAGACUGAGAGCGACCCGGUGUUCGACUACAUGAUGCUGGGUGACAGCGUCGAGGAUGGAAUCUUUGCCUGGGUUGCCAUGGGCGUUGACCUGACCGCCAACUACACGUGGAGCGCGGCUUCCAUCUACGGAGAGAACGGCGGCACUGAGGCCAACCUACCCGCCGCAUGCAAUGGGUCGAUUGGAUUGUUGGCAUGUGCAGGUGUGAGGACGGACGUGACGGCGACGGGGAACGAAGGGCCGGCGAUCGGCGCGGCGGGCCAGGGUCGGGCAAAUCAUGGCGCAGUUGCGGCUGCAGCGACCGCACAGCUCCCGCAACUCCUGCAACAACACCUUGCGCCUUCCACCACACCAUGUCGACCAUCACGCAAAGCGCUCUCCAGAGCUCGUACCCGUGCGUCUCACUCCAGUCUGCUCAUCACGUGCACCUUGCUGAACCCAAGCAGCCCCGUCCUGCCCAAGGAGUUCAACGCGAACCAGCCGCAGACGAUUCGCCUGUAUCCGCUCAGCAACUACACCUUCGGCACCAAGGAGAACCAGCCCGAGGAGGACCCCUCGGUGCUGGCCCGCCUGAAGCGCCUCGAGGAGCACUACAACGAGCAUGGCAUGCGCCGCACCUGCGAGGGCAUCCUCGUCUGCCACGAGCACAACCACCCCCACAUCCUGAUGCUGCAGAUCGCCAAUGCCUUCUUCAAGCUGCCCGGCGACUACCUGCGCCCCGAGGACCCCGAGAUCGACGGCUUCAAGGCCCGCCUGAACGAGCGCCUCGCCCCCGUCGGCUCGCAGUUCACCGGCGAGGGCGUCAACGACGAGUGGCAGAUUGGCGACACCCUGGCCCAGUGGUGGCGCCCCAACUUCGAGACCUUCAUGUACCCCUUCAUCCCCGCCCACGUCACCCGCCCCAAGGAGUGCAAGAAGCUGUACUUCAUCCAGCUGCCCCGGAGCAAGGUUCUCUCCGUCCCCAAGAACAUGAAGCUCCUCGCCGUUCCGCUGUUCGAGCUGUACGACAACACCGCCCGCUAUGGCCCCCAGCUCUCGGCCAUCCCCCACCUCCUCUCCCGCUACAAUUUCGAGUUUGUCGACGAGAAGGGCGAGGUAGUAGCCGUGACGCCCGGCGGUGGUCCCGGUCCAGGCGGUCCCCAUCAGCCGCAGACGAAAGUCUUGGCAGGCGGUGAGGAUAAGGACGCCGAGAUGAACGGCAACGCGGCGAACGAGUGA